CAAACAAUAGCUGGCAUUUAAAGGUAAUAUACAGACAAACAAUUAUAAAGGGAGCUCUUCCUAAAGCAGUGUUUGAAGAAACAUCUCUGCUUAUUGCACACGCAGACAGAGACAGAGAGGUGGAAGACAUAUAUAUAUAUAUAUAUAUAUAGAUCUCCAUAUAUAUAUGUGUGUGUACAUGCAAGAAAGGAGGGCUGGUCAACUUGAAUAGCAGCACAUGAAGGAAGAAAGCAGCUAGUGGAACGCCUCAGGAGAAGUAUCUCAGAGAAGAUUUCUUUGUCAGCAACUCAGCAUCUCAGCCAAAGACUCAGAAAGAGUCUGCACCAGGCUCUCUGCCUCACUAGCUCUCUGCAUUUUUAACAUUUUAUUUUCCUUUAGCAGUUUCUGCAUCAUUAUCAUUUAUUCUAUUUUUGUUUUUGUUUUUGUCCACAUACUUGUAGCCUGCUAGGGAAGUUACCCAUCAUCACACCUCUGUUGUACUAGUCUCAUUUGUUUUUUUGUUUGUUUUGUUUUUUGUUUGUUUCCUUAAAAUCGAUCCGACAGGAAUCCCCACCGUUUCUUUGAUCAGAAUAAGAUUUUCUGGACUUGUGGCUUACAUCAAACUUUUUUUUUUUUUUUUAAAUCGAAAUCUCAUUGACUGGUCAGUCAGUCAGUAUCUGCUUAUUGCAACUUGAGAGACAAGGCAAUGCAAUUCCCAAUCUGACAGCACAGACCCAGGGGGAACUUCCAAGACACUGGUCGGGAACUUGGAACAAAGCUCCUCUUUCCCUUUCUCUCUCGCUUUUCAAACGGAGUGGAUUUUGUCAGUUUUAUAUGAAUGACAAUGUGCAGGAAAGCUGUGCUCGCCUGGCUGUUGGUCUAUGGCAUAAUGAGAUGCAGUGUCCACUCCUCACCUGCUGCCCUCAAGUACCCAGCCAUCAGGCUUGAAGAUGAUGUCUAUGAUGAUGAUGCGAACACACUUCCAGAUUUUUCGUUCGAUAACGAUCCGAUUAGUAUCAGGAGUUCAGGAUCGGUGUUAGACGAUAUGUACUCUUUUUAUUAUCCUGCGGAAAAGAGACAUGCUGAUGAUCUAUUAAGCAAAGCCUAUAGGAAUGUGCUGGGGCAAUUGUCUGCGAGAAAAUACCUGCAUACCCUGAUGGCCAAACGCUUAGGUGCAGUGAGUAGCAGCCUGGAGGAUGACUCAGAACCCUUAUCCAAACGACACUCAGACGGUAUCUUCACUGACAGCUACAGUCGCUACAGAAAACAAAUGGCUGUCAAGAAAUAUUUGGCUGCAGUCCUUGGGAAAAGGUAUAAACAGAGAAUUAAAAAUAAGGGACGCCGGGUAGCGUACUUGUAGCGAUGAGAAGGCAGCCUCUCCCCUGUAUACAGCCCCAACAAACCAAGUCACACCAAACUGACUGAACAAUCAUCGCUCCUGUGUUAUUUACAAACAUGUAUUUAUGUAUGAAGUAAAGCCAUUAAAUGAAUAUUUUGAUAAUAAUAUCGUUUUUCUUUUGUACAAAAAAGCACUAGAGAACGUACAGAUCUACUUUGUGGAAUAUAUAUAUAUAUAUA